AUGUCCGAGGCGGUGGGGGUGGCGGGGGAGGGGGGAGGGGGUCUGGAGCCUGCGCUCGAGCACCAGAUCGCGGAGCAGCGGGCGUCCCUGGAGGAGAUCGAGGAGGCCCUGCGGCGGGGGCACGACGAGGACCUGGCCCAGCUUCAGGCACAGUUGCGACAGUGCAUCAAAGACUCUGAAGCAGCCCUGCUGGAGCUGAAGCGUGGUAGGCUAUUGGCAGAUGUGAAGAAGCUGGAGGGCAGCACACACACAGCACAAAGCAGCCAGGGGGAUGGGGAUGAAGAUGAUGACCAGUGCAGCACAUCGGCUGGGGGGUCCUCAGAAGAUUGUGAUAGCGAUCAAGAAAUAGAGCUGGAUCCAUUCUAUGUCGAAGAGGCCAUGAGCAUGGAUCGCAAGGCAGUGCUGCGGGCGGCAGAUGAAGGGGCGCAGACUGACACUCUGCAUUUUGCAGCUUGGGAAUCCCAUAGCAGAGGGGUAGCCUCGAAGCUAAUGGCUAAGAUGGGGUAUGUGCAAGGCGAAGGUUUGGGCCGGGAGAGGCAGGGCGCAGUAGCAGCACCGAUUUCUGGCAGGAAAAUCUGCAAGAAGGGCCUUGGGGCUGACCAUGCAGAUGGAAAAGGCCCAGGCCGCAAGAAAGCUCGUGGUGGCAAGAGAGAACGUUUGAAAAAGAAGCAUCAGAAAUACAAGGAUGGUGUUGAGCAGCGAAGGGAUGAGGCAAACCAAGAUGAGCUUGCUGGCACACCAGGACUGUUUUCAGUCAUCAGCAAAGCCACUGGCGACAAGUCGGAAGCAGCGUCUGUCGUAAAGAAGGCAGCAACUUCCAGCAGCGUGCUGGGCGAGCCAGUGGUGACUCAGAACAGCAGCGCAAUAGGUGGCGACAGGAAGUCCCUUGUGGGCCAUCAAGAUCACGUGGCAUCCUGCAGGAAGAAAGUGAGCGGGCUCAUGCGGGCUGUUGAGCGGAACGGGAGUGCCAAGGUCCUGAAGCGCGCAGCAGAAUCGCAACUUGCCACUGCCGUCAAGCAACUGCGGGAGGCGGAGGGUCGGGAGGCGAAAUUGGCAGCUGACAUAAAGAAGAAGGAGGACUUCAAUAGAUGGGUUCGGUUUUGA